GCACAGCUGUCCGCUAGAGGUCAGUAGUGUGCAGGCGCACGAUGGAGAACCCGCCACAAAUCAACAGAGGAAAAGGACUGAUUCUCAUUUUAAACUUCCGGACAUGGCGGAGAAGAAAACAGCCGUCCGCUCGCAGGAUCCCAGCCAGCGGCGCGUGCUGGAUAGCGCGACGCGCCAGCGCCGUUUAACCCGCCAGCUCGAGGCUCUCGAGAAAGACAACUUCCAGGACGACCCUCACGCGAGCCUCCCGCAGCUCGUCAAGCGUCUGCCGCAGUUCGACGAGAGCAACGAAUCCGGUAACGAAUCGAGCAAGCGGAGGAAGAAGACAAGGGGCGAUCAUUUUAAACAGAGGUUCCGCAAAAACUUCCAGACUCUCCUGGAAGAGGAGGACCUGAGUGUUAGCGAGGGCCCAAACUAUCUGACUGCAUGUGCUGAGCCCUCUAAGUUCCCUCAGCGACAUUUCUGUGCAGUGUGCGGCUUCCCUUCAAACUACACCUGUGUGUCGUGUGGAGCUCGCUACUGCUGUGUCCGAUGUUUAGGAACACACCACGAGACCAGGUGUCUAAAGUGGACGGUAUAAUUUGUUUCUCCAAGCUUAUCUCCUAUCACAAGCUCGUGUCAAACUGCAGUUCAAGUUCCUCAGAGUCAUUUGCCUGCACAAACAUGUUGAGGUAUAAAUCACUGGAAGGCUUAGACCCGGAUGCUAAAAUAAUCUGUCAUCUCUGCACCUCUUUCUACAACAAACAGGCUGCACUUCAGUCAAAUUUGACACAAGGUUAAGCGUAUAAAGCGUUUGCCAAAAAGUGAGGAGCUGUUGUCCUUACAAAAGUUAAAACAUUCAUUCAGGCAUUUCUUUAUCAAAAUGAAAUUAAAUGAACCUGCAGCAGCUACAAUGGUUUUUGUAUAUGAAGUUUUGUAAUUUAACACGCAGUAUUGUUUUUGUAUGUAAAUAUGUAUAAAUAAUUGUUUCUCUCACUGAUAUAACAUUUUGUUGUCUCAAACAAAUAAAUGACUAGAAAUGGUAAAAA